AUGAACGGUACUACUGUCUACCCAGAAGUGUCUAUUGACGAUAUCUCCCUCUCUCUCUCUUCCACAAAGUUGGAUACCACCGUUGUCGACGAAAGAUCGUUAUCCAGUAAUGAUUCGGCCCCUACUGCAGACUCUAUUUGUGAGCUCGAGUUCCCUGAAUCUUUUGAAGAUGAUAAAAUCAGAUCAUUCAAAGAAUUCCGUUCGAUGAUCCCAUACUUACAAUCCGGAGACGCUGAAAAGGUAUUCUUCAACUGCUCCAGUCAAAUCCUAUUGAAUAACAUCGUUGUGAAUGCUAUCAAUGACUUCUUCGCUAAUCGUUCAAUGUCCCCUGAUGCUGAGUUCAUGGUAUUUGAUAAAACCGUUGAGGAAACUAGACAAUUAUACGGGAAGUUGCUUGGGUUGUCUGAAGAUGAUGCUGAUAAAAUCUGUUACACCAGAGAUUCCUCUGAGUCAUUACACUUGAUUCAAGAAUCUUUUCAGUUUAAAAAAGGCGAUACCAUUUUGAUGAUCGAUAACGAAUUCCAGCACAACAAUUUGAGUUGGUUGGGAUUUGUGGAAAACCAUCCAGAGCUUGAAUUGAACCUCAAGUUUAUCGAUACUAAUGGCGAUAAGAACUUUAUUGUGGACGGUGACUCUAUUGCCCAAUAUAUGGAUGAAUCCGUCAAGGUUUUGUCAUUAAGUUUGACCAUGUACCAAUCAGGGCUUCAAAAUAAUGUCAAAUCUAUUACCUCCAAAUUCCCAGACGUCCACACUAUUGUCGACUUGACCCAAGAUGUUGGUUUCCACCCAGUAGAUGUCCAAGACCUUGGGUGCUCUGCUGCUUUCUUUAGUUGUUUCAAAGGGUUGUCUGUUCCUCAAGGUCUUGGAAUUCUUUACAUGAACUCCGAGUUUUUGAGUUGCACCAAGACUUUACCACCGUUUGUCAACAUCAAAGGUCUUGCCAAAUUCGAUUCUAAUGCUGGGGCGAUCGUUGAAGAUUUCGAUUUAAAAGCUUGCAUCCAUUCUUCCAAUGCCUUGAAAUAUGAACACAGCAAUAAACCAAACUUACAAAUCUACGCCAGUCAUGCCAUUCUUGGGUACUUACUUAAUGAUUUGGGUAUGGACAACGUUGAAAAAUACUUGAAGUUCUUGCGCACAAAAAUGGAAGCUACUUUAUUAAAACAUGGCAUAGAAUUGUUCGAUGGUGAAACUAAAUCUCCAAACAUCGUGGUGGCCAAUAUCAAUAACCCUGAAUGGAUGAAAUUCUUUAAAAGCAAGAAAUGUACCGUAUCGCAGUUCAGAUACAUCACAAGAUUCAGUAUUGGUAUUUACAAUUCCGUGAAAGAUAUUGACGCAUUGGAUGCUAUUUUGAUGGAAGGUGUUGAAAAAGGAUUGAAAUUCUUGGUUUAG